UUUCACUAGAUUGACUUGCUUAUUCGCUCUUUGCUCUUGAAUGAAGUAAGGUGGCUUUAGGGGUUAAUCGUACCGCCACAACUACUGGUUUAAGACAGCAAAUUUGAUGCUGGACCACUAUGCACAGCUCUUGGGUUACAUUCUAGAAGCUUACCCGUGUCGUCUUAGAACGCAUAAAGGUGCGCCUUGACCCGAAUUUUUGGGUUUUUUUUUUGGCCUUACGCGUUGAGGUGCCAAGGUUUUGUUGUCCCUCCAUGUUGAGUAGUCAGCUAUCACCACCUCCUCCUUCCUGUUCUCUACGCGGUAUCAGAAGCUUCGGUCACUUGUCACUCUGCUAUCGCUUGUCUCGCAUCUUCCGGCUUAAUAUGAGUGCAGUGUAACCUUGUUUCUUGAGUGGACCCUUCACCGCACGUUGAAUUGAAAUACCCCUUAAUCAGCACGAUGAAGGUCACAUCGAUGACUACCGCUUUAUUCCUGUUAUCUAGCGUGGUCACAUCAGCCAGUAUCCCCAGAUCAGAUCUGGCUAUUCGCCAUGGUGAUAUUACCGCAGUUUCUCGCCAAGCGUCUGAUCUCGAAAAGCGCCGUGGGGGUGGUGGAAGUGGACGAGGGGGCAGUAGCAGUAGCAGUAGUAGUAGCAGCAGUAGCAGCAGUAGCAGUGGAGGUGGAAGCGGAGGGCGCAGUGGCACUGGAGGAACUAGAAGUUCAACAUCGACGAGCUCCACCAGCAACAGCGGAGGCGCGACUCGCAGUGGCUCAGGGCCAAAACCAGCGUAUGGAGGCGGGUAUUACUAUGGCGGAGGAGCCCUCAGUCCCUAUCAGUCAGGUCUGCGAUCACCGUUGGGAAUAGUCCCAUAUUUCUUGCCUGCAGCGACUUUGGCCUUUUUCUCCAGUUCCUGGCUCUAUGGGGCUCAUAUAUACCCAUAUCACCAUCCGUACAAUUACACGAACGAAACGGGCCAUCGCAAUGAAUCACUACCUGUUCUCUGCCUGUGCGAGGAAUAUAUGGAGUGCGGAUGCGACGAUAAUAACAACAGCACAUACUACGAGUCGCUCUUUGGAGGAACGCAGCCGAAGAAUACUAGCAUUGUCCGGGUCGUCGAUGUCAAUGGUACAGAAACCAUUGCUAUCAACGGGACCUUGCCGAAUGGAACGACUGUCGCUGAUUCAAGCAUAUCAUCAGCUACCGCUCUGAGGUUGAUGCAAGGCGGUGGCUACUGGAUGAUGGUUGCGCUGGUUGUCAGCGGUGUCUGGGCCUUGUAGUGGUUUGGACUGUCAAUUUCUUCUGCUCUCGGAACGGAGUUGGCAGAGGAAAAUGGACAAGUCUGCACUUAAUGGGCUAGCGUUAUCGUCAAAGCUUGCAAAACCGUGGGGAGGUCUUUUUCUUGGCCCGUCUUGAUACCCAUUUGGCGUUUGGGGUUGUCUAUUAUUUUAUCUACCUGGUCCCGACGGAUGAUAAUGAUACAACGUACUUUCCUGUUGGCCAAUGCGCCUGUAGACUCGGGCUGCUUUAAUUAAUUCGAUAGACCUUUGAGCCGUUUAUCCUUCUGUGAACUCUCUUUUAUCCGAUGAAAAGCCCCCGGCAGAAAAUGAAAUUGACGGAGAGAACCCACCUUGAUCAAGCAAGGUA